AUGCCUGACUCUAUUGAUCCAGCUAAGAAACUUGCCGAAAAAUUUAAGCAGCAGGGGUAUCUCGAUCAGUUAAAGAGAGAUGUUUUGACAACCCCAAUAGCAAUGCGCGAAAACGCAUCGCCGCUGGAACAAACUAUCAAAGAUUUGGUCGUUGAAGUGGUUAAAGAUGUUGUUGCGAAUGAUGAAGAUCUUAUAUUUAAGAACAGAGCAGCAACAAGUGCCCAAGUUGAAUCACAAAUUUUUAAAGGUGGAUAUCGAAAGUUGAACGAGGUGGAGAACGGUAUAAACUUAGAAGAGUUCAUCCAGGAAGCUAUCAAAGAUCCAAAACUUAUAGCUUCUAUAAAAACAAACCUAGAGUCGUUAGUAGACUGA